AUGUACAUGUCAAAAACAAUGAGCCGUAAGUUGACCGUAUUGUUUGUGCCCAUCAACUAUGUCGGGCCCAUCAACUCAUCCAUAGGUAUGGCGGAAGUGCUCAAAGAUAGCGGACAUCGAGUGGUCUUCGCCGCGAGAAACGAAUGGUCAAAAAGAUUGAAAAGUCUUGACAUUGAGGUCGAGUUAUUGACCGAAGAGACCGAUGAAGUGACCGGCGAUUCGGCCGCCGCUAACGCCGAGGAAUUGAAGUCAGUUUUGGAGGACAAGACACCGUUGGAGAAGGCGUUGGAGUGUAUGUCAAUCCUAUUGAAUGAUGUGAUACACGAUUCCGAUAAAGACGAACAAAAAUUAAAGCAAAUAAUUAAACGCCUGAAACCACACGUUAUUAUUACCGAUCAUAUCAUUACUCUGCCAUCGAUUGCCGGUUCGGGUAUUCCCUGGAUAUUCAGUUAUAGCAGUAAUCCAUUGUCUUUGGAUACGGGUUACGAAGACAAACGCCUCCCGCCAUCGAUAUUAGGUUUGUCUAUAAAUAGUAACAAAAACCUAUGGGAAGAAUACAGACAACAGUUAAAGAAUGCGAGAAAAGAUGAUUGGUUUAAAUAUAAGGAUUGGCUCAUUAGUAAUGGCAGUCCAUUAGUUCCCGAUGACUUCCUGUUAUGGGUUCCCUCGCCUUUUGCUAACGUCUAUAUGUUUCCCGAAGAACUCGAUUACACGGAUGUCAGGCCUUUGCCGAAGACUUUUCAUCGCUUUGAUUGUAUGAAACGAAGCGGAAAUGAAGACACAUUUGAAUUGCCGGACAAACUCAAGAGUAGAUCCGGAAAAUUGAUUUAUCUAUCUUUGGGUUCAAUGGGUUCGGCAAAUGUACCGCUUAUGAAGAGAUUGAUUGCAAUUUUGUCCAAAUCUGAACACAAAUUCAUUGUUUCAAAAGGCGUUAAACACAAUGAAUACGAAUUGGCGGACAAUAUGUGGGGCGAAAGGACUGUCCCUCAGGUGAAAGUGUUGCCAAUCAUAGACCUAAUGAUAACACACGGCGGCAACAAUAGUGUCACCGAAACC